AUGAUACAAAAUACAUUUACCUUUAGGAGUCAAAAUGGGGAUAAAAAAAUAAGCAGUCAUAUUGGGAAUAAAAGUAACAACGGUAGCAAUAAAUUAAUGAGUAUAAGUGAAAAUAAGGAAGAGAAAGAUAGUUUAAAAAAAUUUAAUUUAAAAAUUACAGAGGAAGAAAUAAAGUUACAUGUAAAAAUUAUAGAGUCUUUAUAUCCACAUAUGAAAUUAAAAGUUCAUAAAAUAAUUAAUGGAAGUUACAACAUUUUUACAAAAUUUUUACUUCAAUCUCAUAUUGAUGAUUUUAAUUCUUUUAUAAAUGUUUAUGUAAAAAAUAUGCCAGAUACAUUACCAGUAUUGGAGUUUUCACCUCAGGUCAAUAUGUAUACAAAAAUGGAUAUUAAUAAAAAAGCAUAUGAUACAGUAAAAUUUUACAUAAGUGAAAUAAAAGUAAAAAAUCCAGUAAUAAAAAGUGAAAGUGGGGAAUCAAGAAAUGAUUAUCCCUAUUUAUGUAAAUUAUCUAAUAGAACAUAUGAAGGAGAAAUUUUAAUAAAAAUUAAUAAACAAUAUAAAGAUGAAAUAGUGAGUUAUACAGCUAGUGUUGGUAAUAUGCCUAUAAUGGUUUUAUCGAAUAUAUGCAAUUUAAAUAAUUUAAGUAAAAAAGAAUUAGUGAAAAAAGGAGAAGAUGAAAAUUUAUUAGGAGGGGUUUUUAUUAUAUCAGGGCGUUUGAAAAUUAUUCGAUUCGUAAUUAAUGGAAAGUAUAAUACUAUACUUCUUGGUACUGACAGAAUUGUUCAUAUUAAUUGUUUAUUAAGUGAUAACUCGAAUAUGACAAAUUUUUUAACAUACUCGAGAUAUAAUUCUGUUGUUUUUUGUUUUAGAUAUCAAAAUACGCCAUCCUCAAUCCCAUUUCAUAUAUUACUAAUACUUUUAAGUCCUAUAAAAAAAAAAUGCUAUAUAUUUAAUAAACUCAAAAUAGGCGUUCAGAAUGAAAAUGCAAAGAGAUACAUAGAGGAAUAUGUAAAUUCUAUAUUUUUAAAAAAUGAUAUUAAUGAAAAAGAAAUAUUUGAUAAGUACAAUGUUAGUUUUCUUGGGAAAACUUGUUAUAUGAAAAGAGGAUUAUUUAAGAUCAAUUCAGUUACGUUUGAAAAAAAAGGCAAAAAUAUUUUAAAGUAUUGUAUAUUACCCCAUAUACUAAAUAACUCAGAAAAAUUUGAAACGGUUUGUGUUAUGUUUAAAACAUUAGUUUUAAGUAAAUUCAAAUUAAUAUCACCAAUUAACAGGGAUUCAUUAGAGAGCCAAGGAGUUACGACAUGCAGUAAUUUACUGUCAAAUAUAAUGAAAGAACAAAUAAUAGUUUGUCUUUGUCGUUUUUAUCAUCAUUAUAGUAGAUCAUUUUAUAAACAUUUAGAAAAAAGAUACGAAACUUUUAAAGGAAUUGUAAAAAAUAUAUAUUAUAGAUACACUGAAAUGGUAAAAAAUGAAAUUAGUGAAGGCCAUUUAAAUCAGAUUCCACUGGGAAAUAAUUAUUCCGAUAGGGGGGAAGCGUUCCUGACCCAGCAAGAAAGUGUGGAAAACUUCGGCCAGAGAAACGAUUCGUUGAAAAAACUGAAAUUGAUAUUUAUCAGCGAGAAAGAGAAAUUAUUUACAGGUGUUAAUAACUAUUUAAAAGAAUUGUUUAAUGAUAAUGCAAUGUUUUUAGAUUGUGUAAGGCAUUUAACAGAUAUAGGUAAGUGUAUAUUAUAUUUUUUUAAGACUGGAAAUAUUAUAUCCGAUAAAAUACCGUAUCAACAAACUAGUGGAUGGGUUGUUUUAGCAGAUGAAAUUAAUAAUUUAAGGUUAAUAACAAAUUUUAGAUCCAUACAUAGAGGCACGUUUUUUCAAGAUGUGAAAGUUUUAAGUCCAAGAAGAUUAUUAGGUGAGUCAUGGGGAUUUAUAUGUCCUGUUCAUACACCUGAUGGUACUCCUUGUGGUUUAUUGAAUCAUUUAACUCAAUAUUGUUAUGUUCAUAAUUUGGCAUCUAACGAACCACAUAAAUUUUAUAUAAAAUUGUAUUUAAAAAAAAUAGGUAUUGAUGUAAAUUUAGAUGAUACAAGUGGAAUACAAACUAUAUAUGAAGAACAAACUAUUCCUAUUAUUGUUGAUUCAGUUCCUAUUACUUAUAUUAGACAAGAUGAUUUUAAGAGAACUAUAUAUAAAUUAAAAUAUGCCAAAAAUCAUAAUUUAUAUAAUAUGAAAUCCUAUUUCGAAAUAAAUGCAUAUUUAAAUGAAUCAACAUUGAUGAAUGCUAUAAAUAUUAAUACACAUACAGGAAGACUUAUUAGACCAUUAUAUAAUUUGAAAAUUAAAUGCAUUGAAUUUAUAUCUCCUUCAUAUCAACCUUAUGUAUCCAUUGCCAUUAAUUAUGAAGACAUCAAAAGAAAUAAUUUAUCAAGAAAGCUGCUAAAAAGAAAAGAGAAAUUAGUUAACUCCAGAAAAUGUGGUUAUAAGAAGUUAACCCUAAAACAGCAAUAUCUGUUUUAUAAUAAUAAAAAGAGAAUUUCUGCAUCUAAUAGAAAGACGUUAGAAGAAGGCAAUGAACAACGGGUGCGCCAAUUGGACAGCUCAAGGGUAAAUAAGGAGUUAUUAGCCGUUUUGGACGAUAAAGCGCGUGAUAGGAGUAGCAGCACUAGAAGCGGUAGUAGCAGUACUCAUAGCAGUAGCCGUGGUGGUAGUUGUAGCCAUGGUAGUGGGAGGGGCGCCUUUUACGUUAGCAGCUCGGAUUACGAAACAACAAGCAACGAUUCGGAUGUUAGUUCAGAACGAAACGGAGAUAAUAUAUCAUCAACAACGUAUAUAGAUAGUGAUGAAAAUAUGAAUAUAGAUAUAUAUGAACAAAUUCCACAAAAGUUUGAAUAUAUGGAAUUAAAAGAGACAUCUUUUUUGUCUUUCUUAGCAUCAUUAACUCCUUUUUCUGAUCACAAUCAGAGUCCUCGUAAUAUAUAUCAAUGUCAAAUGUUGAAACAGACUAUGGGAAUACAAAGCUUAAACAUGUUGUAUACAGUUACAAAUAAAAUAUAUCGAAUGAUAACUCCUCAACUACCUUUAGUAGUUACGAGGGACUAUGAGUUAUAUGGAGUAGAUAACUACCCAAGUGGAACAAAUGCAGUAGUAGCUAUUUUAUCCUACACAGGGUAUGAUAUGGAGGACGCUCUAAUAAUAAAUAAGGGAAGUGCAGAGAGGGGUAUUUUUAGGACCCAUAUAUACAAAACAGAAUUAAUAGAUUUGCAAAAGGAGGGGGAAGCAGCACAGUUGCAGUUGGGUAAUAACAUCAGAUACUUAAGCAGCAAUACCAACGGUAACAACCCAAGCAGUAAUAGUGUCGAAGCUAAGAAUAAUAAUAUUAAUAAUAAUAAUAGCGCUAAGGCUGUCAAUACUAACUACACCUACGAACAGAAGGGGAAAAUGUUAAACAAGGACGGUUUACCCUUUGUUGCACAGAAAAUUUCAGAAGGAGAUGCAUUCUAUUCUUACAUUAAUAGAAAAAAUGAAAUAACGACAUAUGAAAUGUUUAAGAGUUCCGGUGAGUAUUUUGUGGACUUUGUAAGUAACUCAAAUUAUAAGUCUGGUCAGGUUGCUGUUGUACGAUUACGAACAACAAGACCACCUUUAGUAGGAGAUAAAUUUGCUUCAAGGCAUGGUCAAAAAGGAGUCGUCUCUAGAUUAUUUCCACAUGAAGAUAUGCCUUUUUCAGAGAGCGGAAUUGUACCAGAUGUUAUUUUUAAUCCACAUGGUAUCCCAUCACGUAUGACUGUUGGUAUGCUUAUAGAAAGUAUUUGUGGAAAAGCCGCUUCCAUUUAUGGAAAAAGAAUUGAUGCUACUCCGUUUAGGAAGUACCCACAACAAAGAAGUUUUAAUAAUGAGUGGAUCGAUAAUUGCGGUGUUAAGGGAUUUCUGGAAAAAAAAAAAAAAGAGGAAGAAAAAGAGGUAAAAGGCGUCGUAGAAAAAUCGGAAGAAAAAAAUUGGCUAGCUGGGGCACAUGAUGAAAAUGAAACGGAGGAUAUUAGUGCAGAAAAUAAUUAUGAACAGAAAAAAAAUAAAAUAAAUAAUAACAGCAACAGCAACAGUAGUAGGCGUGAUGGUAGAAGUAGUGGUAACAACUCGCGGGUGGCAUAUGACGAAAAAAUAGAUUACUUUGCAAAGCUGCUAUUGAACAAGGGGUAUGACUACUAUGGAACAGAACUACUGUAUAGUGGUAUUUAUGGAAUACCACUGCAAGCGCACAUCUUUUUUGGAGUAAUAUAUUAUCAAAGAUUAAGGCAUAUGGCAUUUGACAAAGCUCAAGUAAGGCGAACUGGACCCGUAUGUCAUUUAACACAUCAACCUGUAAAAGGAAAAAAAAAACAUGGAGGUAUCAGAUUAGGGGAAAUGGAAAGAGAUGGAUUAAUAUCACAUGGAUGCAGUUUUUUAAUUAAUGAAAGAUUUUUGUUGAAUUCGGAUGGACACGAAUGUUUUGUUUGUCCAAAAUGUGGAUUAAUCUUAUCUCCUAUUAUGCAAUUUAAUUCUAAUGGUCAGAUAUCCAAAGGUCGACAUAUUGGCGGAGAUGCUAAAUUGGCAAUCUGCAAAUCUUGUAAAGUUUCAUGUAAAAUUAUUUAUAUUCCAUACGUUUUGAGGUAUUUAUUAAAUGAAUUAAUCUGUUUAAAUGUUACUAUAAGAUUAAAUUUAAAAUCUGUGGAAAGUAUGUUUAACAUGAAAUAA